GCUGAGAGCGGCGACGCGCGAGCGUGAGCGUGAGCUUUUUUGACGCGUUGAUUUCGUCACGACUUUAUCGUGGUUCAAUUUUGCCGAUCAUUAACUUGUCAUACGCGAACCUGUGCGGAUGCUUGUUCCGUUCAGCGAUUAAAACGUAACGUAACGGUUAUUGCGAUAGAAUUUUCCACAGCGUUUUUCACUGUGCAAACUGGACUUUUAUUUCAAUUAAAAAAUUUCCUAAGCACCACGACUUAGGCGCGCGUGUUUGAAAAAAAAUAAAUAAAUAAAAAAUAUAAUAUAGUGUGAAUCACCGCGUCGUCGGUUUUUUGAAUCCUAAAUCCGUUUUGCAAGCGGACUUUGGCGCGUGUGUUUUUCCAGCAUCAUGAUCGGCUCAAAGAAAAUUGUAAUAAAUACAUAAAACUGCAGCUGAGAUCGUGGCAGUGUUCAAGUGCUUGAGUGUGUCGUCAGUUCCCUAUGGCCAUUUUGAGCAGUUGUUACCAAAGUGUUAAGCCAAGCCCAGCCAUAGACAGGUGGCCGGUGCAGGUGUCGAGCUUUAAUGCCAUGCACCAAGAUGCCCGACCCAAAGGUGUCGGUGCAUCCCCCCCCAAAGCAACAACGACAACAACUGCAGCUGCGACAGCGCUGGAUGCUUCGCCGGCGGCGGAGGAGGCAGCUGCUCGUCCGCGACGACGUCGACGUCGCUGCAGCAGCAGCACAAGUACAAGCACAUCCUCCGACUCGGACUCGAACUCGGAUUCCAGCAGCUCCAGCAGUGACAGCAGCAGCUCCAGCGGCCGCAGCUCCCGCCUGCCCGCGCCCCUGCAAUUACCCCUGCCGCUGGCUGCCAGCAACUCCCCGCCGUCACCUAUUCCAACACAGGACUCCGAUACGGACAGCGAGCCAGGCACGCCGGUGGUGGUGCCGGUGGAUCCGCAUGCCUGGACCACAGAGGACAUUGCCAGCUGGGUGAAGUGGCUGACGCGCAAAUUCAAAAUCGAACCGGAGCCGGAUAUCACCCGCUUUCCCAAAGAUGGCAACGAGCUUUGCCAGCUGAGUCGCGCCGAUUUCUGGGUCUGUGCCGGCUCCCGGCGCGGCGGCAUACUCCUGGCCAAGCACUUCGCCUUCAGCCUGUACCAUGCCACCGGCAGGGAGACGAGUCCCAUGCUCAACGAGAACGAGCCAAAUCCGUAUCAGCUGCUGAAUGCUGCCUCGCACCGAUUGGUCGCCCAGGGCUCGGGCGGCCAGAUACAGCUGUGGCAAUUUCUGUUGGAGCUGCUCGCUGAUUCGUCGAACGCCAACUGCAUCAGCUGGGAGGGCCAAUCGGGCGAAUUCCGGCUCAUCGAUCCGGACGAGGUGGCCAAGCGUUGGGGCGAACGCAAGGCCAAGCCAAAUAUGAACUACGACAAGCUGAGCAGAGCUCUACGCUACUACUACGACAAGAAUAUCAUGACCAAGGUGCACGGCAAGCGUUAUGCGUACAAAUUUGAUUUUCACGGCCUGAUGGCCGCUUGCCAGGCACAGGCGCAGGGCUGUGAUCCGGCCAGCAGCAUGAUUAGUUCCUACAAGCAUCAUCAUCAUCAUCAUCAUCAUUCCGCCGCUGGCGGUGGCCCACAUGCGCUAUCCACGCAACAUUUGCCGCAUCAUUUGGCGCAUCAUUCCCAUCAUGGCCAUCAUCCGCAUGUGCAUCCGCAUCAUGCGCACGCCCAGCUGUUGCAUCCACAUGCCGCCGCCGCCGCCGCCACAGCAGCGGCAACAGGAGCAGCAUCAGACCUGACAUCGCCGGCAUCGACCUGCUCCAGUCUGGGUUUUCCCUCACCGUCGACAGCCUCCUCGUUGCCGUCGCCCGGUCAGGUGUCGUCGGCAUUUGCCGGACCCGGCGCCUAUGGAAGCGUCUCAGCCGUCGCGGGUUCUAGCCAGUCGUCUGAUCCAAGGACCUCCAGCACGUCCGGCACAGCCGCCGCGGUGACCUAUGAGCAGCGCACCCCGCCCAGCAGUGCAUUUAAUUGAAAUGGCAACCCCAAUUUGUCCAGGGGGUUGCUUAUGGGGAGGCGGGGGGCUGGGCUUGCGCAAGGGCCGCCCGCUGCGCACACUCGCCGUGUCUCCGUCUCGCUCUGGCCGCAACCAACCCGCUCCGGGCACUCGGGUCAAGCUGUAAAAAGGUCAUUUCGCCUAAUGCCAGCUACUUUUGGUUUAAUUGCGUAAUUUCUCGUAUGUGAUAAACAUGGAGCAAUGCAGCGGGUAGCAUCGCCAAUAAACAAAAACAAAAACAAGAAGAAGCAAUACAAGUGGAAGGUAUCCGGGAACUUACCCGAGGGGGGUCUAAUUUGUUACAACGUCUGUUAAAUUUUGCUUUUAAGCCUACAUAACUUACUUUUAAUGCCUGCGUCUAUGUAAAUAGAGCUGGCAACAUAAUAUUAAAACGUACUUAAUUCUAA